AUGUUAGCAACGACCCUGAACACGUUGACGCCGCGCUUGCGGUUCAAUUUCUCGAAACCGAAUAUAGAGAAUACUGUGUUCAAAUUACACUAUCAAAUCACAGUGACGAUGUUGCUAGGUUUCGUGAUACUCGUUUGUGCGAGGGAGUACUUCGGGGAGCACAUUAAGUGCAUAUCAGACCAGGGUGUACCGGGUCACGUCAUCCAGACCUACUGCUUCUUCAUGGCCACUUUUACCAUUGUUCGACAUUACAACGAAAGUCUCCUGCAACACGGUUUCCUGCCACACCCGGGCGUUGGCCCGCUCAGUGACACGGAUAAGACACUACACCACACAUACUACCAGUGGGUGCCGUUCGUACUGUUCGUACAGUCCAUAUGCUUCUACUUGCCGCAUUACAUUUGGAAGAAGAAGGAAGGUGGCAGGAUCAAAGCCCUUGUUGACGGUCUUCAGUACGCUGGUCUUGCCUUAGAAGCUGAAGAUAUGAAGAUUGGAUCGUCCACGGUCCCUUCCAGGAAAAGCGUUGAAAACCAAAUCGAACUUAUCAGAAAGGAUAUCAUAAUGAGGUUACGUAUAACUCGGACGUGGUCUACGUGGCUGGUAUCGAUGGAGAUUGUUAACUUACUGCACCUCAUGUUUCAAAUUUGGAUGAUAGAUGUAUUUCUUAACGGGCAAUUUAUUGGACUGGGUCCAAGUAUCCUCAAUUAUGGCGAUUGGGAGCAGAUCAAUGAUCCACUUGAAAUGAUAUUCCCCAAGGUAACCAAAUGCUUGUUCCACAAGUACGGUCCGAGUGGAUCCAUCCAGCAGCACGACGCGCUCUGCGUGAUGGCUCUGAACAUCAUUCAUGAGAAAAUUUACACAAUACUGUGGUUCUGGUUCCUCUUUCUAUUCAUUGCGUCGUUACUCGCUGUGAUCUGGCGUGCCAUCUCCUUCUUCCUCUACCGUCGCUCACUGAAGUUCAAUCAGAUGGUGUUCCGUCACGUGGCUUCCGGAAAGUUCAACCCUCACAACGUUAUCAGCGUGGUGAACGGCUGCGAGUUCGCUGACUGGCUGUUCCUGUAUUACCUUGCCAAGAACAUGAAGAGCUCCGUCUUCCAAGAACUCUACAUGCGUCUCGCUGAAGAGUUGGAGAAGCGGGAGCUACCAUACGAGCAGAACGGCCACGAGGAAAAGGGCGCGGAACCGAUAUUAGUGGGGAAGGUUGACUACACUGAUGAGACGCUGCCAUUAAAAGACGGGAAGAAGUCUUCAUAG